AUGGCGUUUGGAAUCGUGCGUUUUGGUGGCCCCGACGACUGGAAUCUAAUCAAAGAGCUGCCGUUUUGCUCAGCAGAUUUUGAGGUAAGAUCAACCCGUUACUUGGACACUUCGACGAUACUUCAGGUCAUUGCAACGCAUCCAUCUGAUCCUGUUGAAUGGUUGGCAUACGUGCUGGCCCAAGGCGUGGAUGUCAAUGAGGCGGACAUUUGGGCAAAGGACGGCUGCGACUCACCUUAUCGUCAUUGUCGUUCACGUGGGCCUCCACUCCAACAGUCAUGCUUCUACGGGCUGGAGAGCUGCGCAACGUUACUAUUGGAUAGUGGCGCGGAUAUCAAUUACUCGGCAUGCGAGUUAGGGAGUCCCUUGCAAGCAGCCACUAGAUCGAGUCACCAUGCUAUGGUGCGACUGUUGUUGGAUCGACAUGCCGACGUUAACCAGGUAGGAGGUGAAUUCGGAACUCCUCUGCAGGCUGCCGUGUGGGUAGGCGACAAAGAACUCAUCCUCUUGCUCCUCGAUAAUGGUGCCGAUAUUAACAGUACUGGAGGGGCUCUUGGGAGUCCUCUUGCGGCAGCGAUAGCGAAGCAGCACUCCGGUAUCAUAGAUCUGUUGUUCGACCGUGACGCAGACCCUGGAUCUACCGCUUAUUUGCAGCUCAUGAAGAUUGGCAGAGCAAAUAGCCUUGCCAUAAGCGCAGGAUUUGAGUAUAUUUGGGGUGAAAUAUGCUGCAGAACGCCCCUCAUAUGGGCGGUCCACCACGAAGACAAAACCAUGGUGCAAAAGCUGCUUAUGAAAGGAGCUGGGGUCAAUUUCCCUUCCGAGAGGUGUCGAAUAAACACAAAUUUUGUCAGGAACUCUCAAUUGUACCAUCCUUUAUGUCCGGCGAUCAAAACUGGCAACGCAGAGAUUAUCGAAUUGAUUCGACAGAGUUCGGCAAACAUUUGGAUUGACGCUGGUUGA